AUGCAAUUAGAGUCAGAAGAUCAAUAAGCUUUUGAUAAAGUUUCUCUAUUCACUGUUGUUUCCCUCUCAUUAGUUAGCUUUUUGUUCUACUAAUUCACAUCCAAGCCAGAACUGUAUGGAGGAGAUGAGUGCAUUGCAUUAAGACAAUGUGCAUAUUUUUUAUUCUUUCUAUACACUGUAUAUGUCAUUAUAAUUGGUAUUAUGAUUUAAUGGAGAUCCUCAUCAAAUUCAAGGAUCAAACUUUAUGUAUCAGGUAUAUUGCUUGUUGGGUUUGUCAUUAGCAAUAUUUAUCUGAUUAUUCAAUAUUGUAAAAAUGAACCAUGCAAUUUAUUACGAUAUGUGGUCUUUUGGUAUUUGAUUUUGAUGUCCAUUAUGUUUGUUUUAUUUAUGGGUGUGAUGGGAGCAAUAAUUUAUGCAAUGUGA